UGUGGGUGUAUUUUGUUUUCUGUGACUUAGGUGUAGGAAGUAGGGAAGUUGGAGAUGCUGGGUGGAGGUAUGAAUUUGGUUACUACUGUUAUUGGUUUUGGCAUCAGUGGAACAUUUAUUGUGUUUGUCUGCACAAGAAUAAUCUGUGGGACGCUCCGCAGGGCCGAACAACGUCCUAUGUUCGAGAUUGAAUCAAGGACUGAUCUUGAACAGCUGGAGCCUCAGGUUAGUGGCCUUGAACCAGUUUUGGUUGCUGCAAUCCCCACCAUGAAGUUCGACAAUGAGGCUUUCAGUUCUAUGGAAGAUCCACAGUGCUCAAUAUGUUUGGCAGAGUAUCAAGAGAAAGAGGUCUUACGAAUAAUGCCAAAAUGCGGCCACACUUAUCAUCUCUAUUGCAUUGAUGUUUGGCUCAGAAAGCAGUCUACUUGUCCAGUCUGUCGUCUACCAUUACAAGACUUUUUUGGAAGAAGACAUAUGAGGCCACCUUUGUUUGAUAUUCCUCAAUCUUUAGAUGAUCCUGCAAACUCAACGGACAAUUCCCAGCGGUGGCUGCUACCUGGCCUUGAGCGUUCGGUAGGUAAUGUAAGUACUGAAGGGCAUGUUGAAUCUGUUCUUGUGAACCAACCGGAGUCAACACCUUCUCGAGAAGCAGAAAGAAUAUAGGAAUACAUGCCUCUGGAUCUGGCAAGCCUUUUUCUUUUUUAAUUGGAGAUUCUUUUAUUCCUAAAUGUACAGAAAUUUCCUGUCUCUUAUGCAUGGCUCAGACUUAGUUAUUCGGAAUUGUUGUGAAAAAAGGCCUUAAAAAUCUAUGGAUCAGAAUGAAGUCUAAUUGAUAUUUGACAUUCUCAUUCAGGUAUCGAUCAAUGUAUUAAUUGAAAUUAUGAAAUUUCAGUUUACCGUGACUCUA